AUGUAUUCGGUCAAUUCUUCAUCAACUCCAAUAGAUCGACUCGCCAAACAACACGAAAUUCCCACGAGAUGCAAUUGCGGUCAAGCAGUGUCUCGUUUCACUUCAAAAACAGUUAAAAAUCCAGGAAGAUUAUUUCAUUGUUGUCCGAUGGGAUCUGAGAAGGACAAAACCCACUUGUUCAAAUGGACUGAUAAGUCGGUUCUUGAGGAAAUUGAAGACUCCAGGACUUGUUUGACAUGCUGCUUGUUGACAAUAUUGAGAUUCAAAAAUCAGUGGGAGGUGGUGAGGCCAUGA